AUGCACUGCAUCUCGCCUCAACCCCUAUCUCGCCAACGAGGCCUGGUCCCCGCAAAAGGCCCCGCCGGCCUGCCCACGCCCCCCGCCAGCAAUGCCAGCAACCGCAGCGUGACCGACACCGAGGAGGAAGACGUGGCCGACGACGACAAGACGCCCUACAUCGCCGUGCGGUGCGGCCCAAACAAGACGCGGCAGCUCUGGCGCCCCGUCCGCCAGCUCGGCCAGGGCACCUUCAGCAAGGUCUACCUGGCCACGUGCGAAAAGACGUCGGCCAAGGACCCGCUCGACGAAGCCACGCUCGACCCGCGCAAGCUGGUCGCCAUCAAGGUGGUCGAGCAUGGCCCUGCGGGUGGCGCCGACGAGGAGCGCGUAGAACUAAGCCUCAAGCGCGAAGUCGAGAUGCUCCAGUCCGUCUCCCACCCGUCCCUUGUCCGUCUCCAAGCCUUCGAUCACGAUGACGCCCAAGCUCACCUUGUCCUCACGUACUGCCCUGGUGGUGAUCUCUUUGAUGUAGCCAGUGACCAUCGCGACAAGCUGACUGUCCCUCUUGUCCAUCGCAUCUUCGCCGAGAUGGUCAGCGCCGUGCAUUAUCUACAUUGCCAGCUCAUUGUGCACCGCGACAUCAAACUAGAAAAUGUCCUGCUCAACAUUCCCGUGUCUGCCGUGCCUCUUCUCAAGAACCCACAGAGCCAUCCGCAUGCCAUAGCGACUCUCACAGAUCUCGGCUUGUCACGGCGUAUCCCUGCUCCGCCUGAAUCACCUCUUCUGACUACGCGCUGUGGAAGUGAAGAUUAUGCUGCCCCAGAGAUUCUGCUUGGCCAGCCAUACGACGGCCGCGCUACAGAUGCCUGGGCCCUUGGUGUCGUGCUGUAUGCUUUGAUGGAGGGCCGCUUACCCUUUGACCCGCCCCCAGGUAAAGCCGCCUCGCGCAGCAGAGCCGCUCACCGCAUUGCGCGAUGUGACUGGUCGUGGGUCAAGUUUGGUGACGCCGACGGCGACUGGGAUCCCGAAAAGGGCAAAGACUGGGCCGGUGCUCGUGAGUGUGUCGAGGGCUUGCUCAAAAAAGUCUCGCGCGGCCGCAAGAGCUUGGAAGAUAUCGCCAGCAUGGAGUGGGUCCAGAACGGUAUCCAGGUCGACGGCGGCUUGAGGUCAAGACCUGAAGAUGAGGUGGCGGAAGAGGUUGAGGUUACGCCCUUUUCGAGCUGA